AUGUCUAAGAUCGACAGGUUAUCUAUUUCGGAGAUUAUACGAUUCGGCACUCCUUUAACUCUGAUCCCUCCCAACAGCAAAGGAGGAGCUUUCGUUCACGAUCCCAAGUUACGCGGCGACCGAGAAGUCCUAGCACGAGUUGGGCUGAAGCUACAGCUUACCGUCAAGAAAACCACGAGAUCCCUAAAGACCCUCGAGAGUGGCAUCCGAACCGAAUAUGCCGGCGAUACUGACAGCACGUCCAACAAAAAGGUGGACAUCAACAAGGAGAUGGCUCGGUAUUUGGGAGUUUCUCCAGCCAUACUCGAGGCCGUUAUAUUCUGUCACCAGGAUGAGUCACUUUGGCCUAUGAGCGAACCGUCUGCCCUCAAGAAACGCUUCGACGAGAUUUUCGAGGCUAUGAAAAAAACGAAAGGCGAGCAAUUACGAGAGCUGAAGAUACUCGAGAGUCAAGAAAAGAUCAAUAAGGAGAAGGCCGAAAAGGUUGAGAAACGAUGCAAGGUCAAGUACGAGGCCAUGGAAGAGGAGAGAAAAGAAGCCGACCAAAAUGCCGUCGAAAUGCGUCAGCAGGCAAACAGCUAUCUCGACAUUAUCAACAACCUAAAUAGCCACAAACGAGAGCUUGGUUUUCUCCAAAAGAACUUAGAAGAGACGAGAACUAGGAUGGAUGAGAUGGACGAAUCAGAUGAUUGGCUACGGGAUACUCUCGCUCAGUACGAAGAUCGGGUUGAGAGAUAUAAGCAGGACCUCGAAGCAAACAUUCAACAGUACGCUCAGUACAAAAAUGAUUUCUCGCAGUCCCGCGAUGAAAUGGGAGAAAAGUUGGCAGAACAGGGUAUGCGGCGGUCCGACAAGGAAAAGUACGAACGCCAACAGGCCUCACGGGUAGAGCUCAUCCAUGAAGCGGCUCAAUUGCAUAAUAUCCGUGGCUUUGAUGGUGAUUUAGAUGACCGCAAACUCCUCGCAGACAAGAAGCGAGAACUUACGAAUCUCGAAUCGCAAAAUGCUGACGAGUUGGAGGAUAAGAGAGCUGCUAUCACUGAGUUGGAAAACCAGAAGCGUCUGCAUACGCAAACCCGCAAUUUCGCAAGGGAGACAAUUGGCAAAAUAGAAAAGCGAAUUGGUACCCUGCAAAAAGAUCUUAAUUCGGUUGAGGUUGACGAAGGUAGUAAAGCGUUGCUUGACUCCUCCUUCAAAGACAUAGGAGAGCGACUUGAACAGGCGAACCAGGAUAUACAAACCGCAAACUUCGAUACGAAGCUACAAGAAGAAGAAGAAAAAUUGCAACGAUUUGAAGUCGAGAAUAGUAGAUUUGGUACUCAAUUAGAUAUUCAUACACUCAGCAGCACAUGGAAGGAUAAGAUAUCUAGUAUGAUUGGUAGUUCGUGGGAACCCGCGACCAUUGAUCACGAGUUCCAGAAGGCGCUACAACUGAAAAUCCAGAUCUACGAUGAAUCAGCCCGAAGGCGUGACGAUGUUGUCCAGCAACAGAAGCAGAUUCAGUACACACUACAGAGUUCUCGAGAAAAGGCCAAGAAGCGGAAUGAAGAGAUGGAACGAUGCAAAUCGGCCGUAUUCAAAGCGCUCAAAACGGCAAAUCCUGAUGCUACGCCAAGUAUGGGUGAUUUACCUCAAGAGAUUGAACGUUACGAAGAGGAAACACUCGUACUCGAGAAGGACAUCGCCCUCUUUGAGCACUUUAAGAACUUCUAUUCGAAAUGUCAGAAGACAUUAAACAAGCAAAACCGCUGCGAACUCUGCGACCGGCCCUUCGCUGAUGCUAAUGAUAAGUCACGAUUGAUGAAGAAAAUCCAGGAAGCGCUGCAAGAGACCAAGAAGGAAGAAAUGCAAACCGAGUUAGCUGAGAGUGAGGAGACAUUGGGGAACCUACGAAUGGUUCGUCCCCAAAGUGAACUAUACGCCAGACUCGUAUCGGAAAAGGAAGAAAGCGAUAAAGAAAUCCAUACGAUUGGAGAGAAGCUGGAUGGUAUGUUGCAGCGCGUCGAAGAGAUGGAUGAGGUUGUGAAAAGCAGACAAGAGGAAAAAGAAGACCUUGAGUCGAUGGGUAAAACGGUCCACAACAUCUCCCAGAUCUACAAGGAAAUUGAGGAAGCUGAAGCCCAAGUCGAAAGAAUUAUGUCUCAGCAACAGUCAAGCGGCGCGAUUCGAAGCACUCAAGAGAUCCACGAACUGCAGACUAGAUGCGCAGAGCAAAUGAAAGCAGUCAAGAGCAUCAUCUCCGGCUUAUCGAGUGAUCGGCAGCGUAUGCGAGACUUGACAAGUUCACUUGAGCUUGAGCGGAGUCGACUAAGUCUUAAAAUUAGCAACGCCAACCGACAGCUCGAGAGGAAGCAGGAUCUGCAAAACCAAAUCCAGUCUCAGAAGGACGAUAUGAGCAAGCAAAGAGAAGCCAUUCAACAAGCAGAUACAGAACUAGGCUUAGUCGAGCCCGAAAUCACGAAGGCGAAGACGAUUCGGGACGAUACCCAACAGAGGGGACGUGUGAAGGAGAAGAAGGUUGCAGACGAGCGAGACGAGCUUACAACCUCAGUGGGUCAGCUCAAAUUAGCCAAUAACGAGAUCCAAGAUUAUCUAGAUCGUGGUGGACCAUCACUUCUUGCCGCAACUGAACGGGCUAUUCAGUCACUUGAUAAUGUCAUCAAGCGUAUCGAAGGGGAUAUGAAUGACUUGACGGCGCGCACCAACAAAAUCAAGGAAGAUAUCAGCAACAGCGACGCUAGAAAGAAGAAUAUCAUUGACAAUAUCAACUACCGUGAGACGUUGGCUCAGAUUGAGAAAUUCAAGCGAGAUAUUCGGGAGCUUGAGUCACGCAAUGCAAACGAGGAUUUUGAACAACUAGACCAAGAAGUCAAAUCAUGGGAAAAUCAAAGCCACAUGUUAAACGCGGAAAUCAGCGAAGUAAAGGGAGCAAUUAGGGGCAAAGAUGGCGAACUAAAACGUCUACUUGAAGAGUGGGAGAUCGAAUAUGAGGGCGCAGAAACCAAAUAUCGCGAGGCGCAUAUCAAGGUUGAGACGACUAAGGCAGUUAUCGAAGAUCUAGCAAAGUACAGCACAGCGCUUAGCAACGCUAUCAUGCGAUAUCACGCACUCAAGAUGGAGGAAGUGAACCGAAUCGCAGGCGAACUGUGGCAGAGCACGUACCAGGGUACUGACAUUGACACAAUCCUGAUUAAGUCGGAUAGCGAGGUGACAACUUCGACAGGUCGUAGCUCGUAUAAUUAUCGCGUAUGCAUGGUAAAGCAAGAUACAGAGAUGGAUAUGCGAGGGCGAUGCUCGGCGGGUCAAAAAGUGCUAGCUAGCAUUAUUAUCCGACUAGCGUUAGCCGAAUCAUUCGGUAUCGGAUGCGGGAUUAUCGCCCUCGAUGAACCAACAACCAAUCUCGAUCGCGACAAUAUUCGCAGUCUUGCCGAGAGUUUACACGCUAUUAUCGAGGCCCGCAAAGCUCAGGCCAACUUCCAACUCAUCGUUAUCACCCACGACGAAGAGUUCCUCAGACACAUGCGCUGCUCUGAUUUCUGCGAUUACUUCUACCGGGUCAAGCGUGACGAUAAGCAGAAUAGUAUUAUUGAGCGCGAGAGUAUUACUACUGUUGUUUAA